UCUUACAAUGUGGGAAACAACGCAAUGUUGAUAAAAAAUCACAAUAUUUCAUUGCUGUAAGUGCCUAUUCAUUGAAAAUAAUUGCAUUUUCAUAUGUCGUGUUAUGCAAAUUUUGUUUGUGCGAAAUUGGUAUAUAAAUGGAAUGACACGAUUUUGCAAGUGUUGAAAAUGAACAUCAUUGCUAUUUUACUGAGCACUACCUUUUUUGGUUAUGCCAAAUCCGCUGAACUGCGUAGCGAGCUACUUUCCAAGAUGUUACCAGGAUGAUCAGAACAUAAACGAGUGUUUUAUAAACGCAGCAAACAGCCUAAACCAAUACGUCAGAAGUGGGAUACCGGAAAUCGGUUUACGUCUAUUGGACCCGUUCGUGUCCCCCGAAUUCAACGUAACAGUCGAAUCGCCAAUCACCGAUUUCUAUGCCUCCCUAAAAGGUUUUGCUUUACACCGACUGUACAACUACCGCUUUAAAUCGGCAGAUGUCCGACCGCAAGAUGGCGCGAUUGCUGGCAAUGUUAUCUUUCCCGAUUUAGCUAUAACGUCAGAUUACGCCGUUCAGGGACACGUAAUAAAUCUUCAAUUCAAUGGACGCGGCUACGUCGACGUGGAAAACGAGAACGCCGUUUGUGAUUUCAUUAUCAGCGAUUGGCCCAAGGCUAGAAAUUGUAACGAAAUCAAAUUGAAAGUGGACUGCAAAGUCGAAGAUCUCAAAGUGAACAUUACAGGAUUGGAAAACGGAGAAGCGAUGAACAGUCUUUUAAAUCUGAGUUCUAAGUUGGUCGCAUCGGAAAUUUCGCCCGGAUAUUCAAGCGUUUUCGAGGUACUUUUGAAGGUGUUCCUUCGAAGGUUGUGCAGAAAAUAUCAAUUCAAGGAUUUGUUUCCUCCGUCUUCCUAAUGCAAUAAAUAUAUUGAAAACA